UCCCCUUCUCCCUGCCGUGCGAUUCCCUGCUGGCUGGAAGUCUCACUCAGCACCAGCGCUUCAGCACAUUCGAAAUGCCUCACCCGGUCUGAUUUGCCAGGAGCUGCAGCGCAACACGCAGCCCGGCUCUUUUCCGGCCUCAACGCUUUCAAACCUUCUGCUUCUUUAACAUAUUCUUCUUUGCAAACAUAUUUAUAAUGUCAUUGCCUUUAAAUGGACAGAAGAUCGACACAAAAUGAGAAAAGUUAAAUCUGCGAAUUCGUUUUUAAUCACUUAAGACAUUGAAAUUGCCCCACCUGCUGGGUGGUUGAUGAACGCUAAGCGGAGACAGGAUUUCCCCUUCACGCGCGAACCUGGAGAACAUCUGUACAGCAAGUCAAUCUCACCGGACGCUAAACGGGACUGGUGCCCAUCUCCCGCAAACGCGUGAGUGAGCGGGUGCACGGAAGUUCACCCGCAUACAGGUGUGAGCGCGCGCGAGCAACACACACACACACACUCUCCCUCGCGCGCGCUCAUGUCUGCGCGCUCUGGAAGACACACACACAUGCGCGCGCGCGUACGCACGCGCUUACAGACAAGCUGAAAGACCUCCGCUGGCUGAAAAUGCCCCCGCUGCGGCUUAUUGGAACACUGCGCUUCUAGUUAUUUUAUUUUCUUUCUCUCUCCGUCUCUGAAGAUGCAGCCUGGGAAGUGGGAUGUUGCAUUUCCAAGGUGUGCUCAAACUGGAGGACAGAAGAUAUGAUGCAGAUCCGGAGAGGGUGGGGGUGGGAAGGCUCUCUUGGGCAACUUGGACCAGUAGAACCAGCAGUAGCAGCGGCAGCAUCAGCAGCUGCCGACGAGCCGGGCGAGCUUCGAGCAGAGAGCGCUGCCAUGGGGCGUGAAGUUCAAGAGAAGCAGAGACUUUGACGCAAGAACACUUUUUGAAAAGUGAGGCAUUCUAGCAUUUUAAACAAGGAAGAAACUUAUUUUUUAAAUAAUUUUUAAUGUAUUCGAAUGCUUCGCCAACGCAGGAAAAAAGAACGGAUUCUUUGUUUCAUUGUCCUGUUACAUCUUCUUAUGUUGGAAGUCUAAUUUUAAAGUGGAUUACACCGUGUAUCUCUGGGCUGUGAAAGGUUUUAUUUCUGCCACACGUCUUCAGUUCUUCAGCUCUUGUACUUUACUUUUUAACAGAUUCACUUGCCUGCUUUUACUGUUUUCCCGAAGGAUUACACGCGCCAUCGUGCUUUUCUUUUGGGAUGAUGAAGUUAUUUGUUAUCUAGAUCAUGAUGAUCAUUUUUAAAAUGCAAAAAGUAAAGUAAGUAUUGUGUAGCUUUUAAAGCUAUAUUCUUUUUUUUAUCGUGCUUAUACAUUCCAUAGUUCGAAUGACGAAUCUAAAUAAAAUACAUUUAUUGAGCGAUUUUAUAUUUGUAGCAUGCAUUUUUGAGAUCAGCCGAAAAAAAAUUGUCAAAUAAUUGACUGGCAUGGAAGUUAGUUUGUAGUGCAAGAUGUCCAAUCCAUGAGAAAAUUUUGGACUGUUGGCAAAGGAAUGUUGAACAGACAAAAGGCAGACUGGGUGAAACCCGGGCACAAUCUGUGGAUACAAUAGCAGAGGCAGCUUUCUGUAAAGAGAAAACGAAAUCUAGAUUACAUACAGAGUGCCUUCUCGCAGUAAUCACUGUUAUACAAAGCUCUUUGAUAGAAAUGGUGAAGCAGAAUCAUUGCCGCUGAAUUUUGUGGCUCCUGACUAAGUUCCCUUUUAGUACAGUAGGGGGGUUUCUCUUUCAGGAUGGUACCUCCCCCACCAGCUAAUAAGCCUCAUGUAUGUCUCUCCACUAUCCUCAUUAUGAGCAGCAUGGCUCUCAUGGAUGCCUACCUUGUUGAACAGAAUCAGGGACCACGGAAAAUUGGUAUCUGCAUCAUGGUCUUGGUUGGUGACAUCUGCUUUUUGAUCAUCCUGCGCUAUGUUGCUGUCUGGGUGGGCGCGGAGGUAAGGACGGCAAAAAGAGGGUAUGCAAUGAUUUUAUGGUUCCUCUACAUCUUUGUGCUGGAAAUCAAAGUCUAUUUCAUCUACCAGAGCUACAAAGCGGAUAGAAAGAGUCUGGACACCAUUGCUCGCAAAGCCUUGACGUUGCUCUUGUCCAUUUGUGUACCAUCGCUGUAUAUAAUUCUGGCUGCCGUUGACCACAUGGAAUACGUGAGAGUGUUUAAGAAGCGAGAGGAGCUACGGAACCGUCUUUUUUGGGUGGUUGUGGAUCUGCUGGAUGUUUUGGAUAUACAGGCUAACUUGUGGGAGCCACAGAAGAAGGGACUUCCUUUAUGGGCGGAAGGGCUCAUGUUCUUUUAUUGUUAUAUACUGCUACUGAUCCUGCCCUGUGUAUCUCUAAGUGAGAUAAGCAUGCAGGGCAUAAACAUUGUACCGCACAAAAUGAUGCUCUACCCCAUACUGAGCAUGAUCACCAUUAAUAUCAUUACCAUCUUCAUCCGUGGGGGCAACAUGAUCUUUUUUCGGGAUGCCAGAGUUUCAGGAAUCCUCAUGGGCAAGAACAUCUUGGCUAUUAUUCUAAAGACCUGCAGCUUUGUGCAAUAUAAAAAGCAGUUGCACAGUCUGCCACCUGGAUUUGGAAUUGAGUUACGAAAAAAUUCCGUGCCCCACCCUCAGACUUUGUCUACACCACCUUCCCUGAUAAUCCAAAAUCAGACGCCUCUGCCCGAGGUCACUGGAUGUGAGAAUACAUGACACCUGUUUGGGGAAACACAGUCACGGACAAAAGGCCGAUCUUGAUCAAUGGGGGAAAAACGAGUGUCUGAAGUAAAUGCAGUCCAACUUUCCAGUAACUCUUUUGGAUUCACCGAUUCUUGGAAACGUCAUGAAGACUCUAAAGUGACAAAUAAACACACUUUUCUAACUUUA